UCACUCCAUCCCUCCAUCCUCUCCCCCUCCCACCCCGCAUCGCGCCCCCUGCGUCUCUCCCUCCUGCAUCCCUCCCUCCUGCAUCCUUCCCUCCUGCAUCCCUCCCUCCUGCAUCCCUCCUCCUGCAUCCCUCCCUCCUUCCCUCCCUCCUUGCCUCCCUCUCCCUGCGCAGAGCCGCGGACAUGGCGCUCAGCAAUUUCCUCUUCGCUCAAUGCAUCUGCUACUUCCUGGCCUUCCUCUUCAGCUUCAUCGUGGUGGUGCCGCUCUCCGAGAAUGGCAACGACUUCCACGGCCGGUGCCUGCUCUUCACCGAGGGCAUGUGGCUCAACGCCAACCUGACAGUGGAGCGGCAGCGCUUCACGGUACAGGAGUGGGGGCCCGAGGCCGCCUGCCGCUUCAGCAUCUUCACCGGGCUCCUCUCCCUGCUGCUGGCCACAGUGCAGGCCUGGAGGACCCUCUUCUUCCUCUGCAAAGGGCACGAGGACUCUUUCUUUUACGCCUUCCUGAAUCUGCUGAUCAGCGCCUUUGUGGUGUUCAUCACAUUUAUUGCCAGCACUAUAGUGAGUGUAGGAUUUAACAUGUGGUGUGAUGCAAUUACCGAGAAAGGAAGCAUGCCAAAUAGCUGUGAAGAAUUGCAGGAUAUAGAUCUUGAACUGAACUUGGAAAACUCUGCUUUCUAUGACCAGUUUGCUAUUGCACAGUUUGGUCUCUGGGCUGCCUGGCUGACUUGGCUGGCAAUUACCAUUCUGGCUUUCCUGAAGGUUUAUCACAACUACAGACAGGAGGACCUGCUAGAUAGCCUGAUCCAUGAGAAGGAGCUGUUGCUAGGAAGAUCCUCUUCACGAUCCUCUUUGCAAGAUGAGAAAAGUGGCAUGAUCUAAAGUGUAAGCAGAUUUCUAGGGCAGGAUCUAGAUUUUAUUAUUCAGUAGGGUAAGCUGAAGCUGAGUCAGGGUAUUGAGUGUGUGAGAUCUUUUCUUUCCUGAGAAGAGAUGUACUUGUGAAUCACCCACUUCCUCCAUGAGAAUUUUUUGGUAGAAGUACUUAUAUUAGGAUAAAGAGAAUGAACUGCCCUGUGUGCCUUUGGCACAGCAAACUUUCUGCCCCGUGCAGGCACAAUCUGUAACCUGCUCUUGCUAGCAGAGCUCCUAUGUGUCAUUACUGGCUUUUGGGACAUGGGCCAUUUUUGAGGACUGAGCUGGCAAGACCAGGCUACAGCGUUCAGGUCAUUUCUUCAAACCGCUCUUCAACAACAGUUGUAACUAGAGCUGUGUUCAGUCUCUCUUCUCUCCAUCUCCUCCCUUUUGCCAGUAAAGCUGCCCCUGUUCUCUCUUUAUUCUGGUAAUUGCAGCUCUAGUCUGGGUACAGACUCUUGCUGUCUCUGCUUUUGCUGUGUAUGGAUGCAGUGCUGACAAACAUGAUGCUCCUGCUCUGAUUUUGUUUAGAACAUAGAGACCUGUGUUCCAGACUUGAUAUUUAAUACUGGACAGUGUUAAGGAAUUCCAUGAAACUGCGAUAUUAUUACAGUGUCUGUCAAAAACCUGUGUUUAAUUUGGAGGGAUGGCGUAGAACUUUUGUGGUUUUGUUUCUUCUUAGAUUUUGGCAUGACCAGCAUUUAUUAUGACUCUUGAAGUGAAGUGUGGCUAGCAAUUGCUGAAGCUUGCAUACUAAGAAAUUAGGCUAAAGAGAUAGUAUCAAUGCUUGUGCUUUUAUAAGUGUAACUUGGUUCCUAACACUGUAUACUAUUCUUCUUUGAAUAUUAGAAUUUAUUUGUGAUAUUUAUUUCAUAAAGAGUAUGCAAAAUUACUGUAAGCAUCUGCAUUGUAGUUAUCUCUAUAUAUCUAUAAACAUAGCAAGAAGUUCAAACAACUAGUUUUUUUAUGGGUAGUUCAGUGCUGAAUGAGUCCAUUCUCCCCACUUACGGGCAGGAGUUCCAGGGCAGAUGAAUUUUCCUGUGAAAUGAAAAAAGAAUUGUUAUUUGCACAAAGCUCACUAGUCACUGUGUUGUUGCUUUCAGUUUUGAUUGGCCAGUGCUUCAACAAAUAAGGUGGAUGGUUGGGACGAGAAGUAGAUCCAGGAAUUAAGAAGAGUCACUCAGAGGAGUGUGGGAUUUGCAUGGCAGAGAAGUAAAGUUGUCCAGAACUAAGCAUUCAUUCAAAUCAGCAGAAAACUUAACCAAACAGUUAAGUCUGGACUGAAGAAGAUUUUUUUGGGAGUACAUUGACACUGCCUGUGGCAUCUGUGUUUGAGCUGAGACUGAAUUUAUUGCAAAGUUGUAGGACAGUUGCACAAUUAUAGGACCUGGUAAAUUGGAAAGAGGGGAGAGAAGACAGGCUUCUGCCACAUCAGAGCUCAAGCCAGGGGUUAGCACAACCAUGCAGAUUUACUGUUGUCUUCUGGGGACUCUGAUGCUUAGUUAAGUACCAUCUUAAGCAUUUGAUUGAAACAGAAUUUGAUGUCAAAACAAAUCCCUGAAUUAGUAAGCAUUUUAGGGCAUAAAAUCUGACAUUGUAUUUAACCAUCAAAAUGUUCUCAUAGGUUUAGAAAAAAAACCCUCCAGGGGCUCUAAGCAGUGAGCCAGCCCUGUGAACAUCCUUUAUAGCCCCAGCUGGCCACAGCUCUCUGUAGAGAGGUCUUGUUUUUCAGCAUGAUUUCCACCCACAAGGGAAUGCAGUUCCUUUGAAAGCUUUACAGCAGUGGCUUUUUUGUAGCUGUGAAUUGACAUCAGAGGAGGAGUUCAUGAAGAGGGAAUCGGAGAUCAGGUUAGUGAAUAUCAAUUUAAAAUUCAGGCAUCAGGAUUGUUGGAGUGCCUUUUUAGUAAUUUGGUCUAAUAGACUGGAUAUUAGGAAAGAAUGUCUUCACUGAAAGGGUUGUCAAGAGUUGGAACAGGCUGUACAGGAAAGUGGAUGAGUCACCAUCCCUGGAGGUAUUUAAAAGACAUGUAGAUUUGGUACUUAGUGAUGGCUUCUUCGUGGCCUUGGCAGUGCUGGAUUAGUGGUUGAAUUGGAUGACUUUAGAGGUCUUUUCCAGCCUAAGCAAUUCUAUGAUUCUAACAAGGGAUACACUCUUGCAAGUAACUAAGCCUGUUGUCAGGGGAUGACCUUCCUCUUCAUACCCUAAAGGGGAGCUUGGGUCCUGAAAGUUAGCCUGUUUGCUAUGUUCCCCCAGUUGUUUCUCCAACUAGAGAGUCUCACUUUGAUUCAGCAGUGGUGUCUCUUCCCACAAAUUACUUCUGUGCAUGCCUUAAUCUUCAUGUGGAACCAUGCUGCUGCUUUGUAUUGUGUAUUUUAUGUACGUGCCAAACCAGGCUUAGGCUGAAGUAACGUGGGUUGAGACCACUGCUCAUGGUCUUGUCUGAGGUUUUUAAGAACCAGGAGGCAGAAGACAGAGUCUCCUCAUCAUCCUUGCUCUGAGGUAGCAGGACUCAAGCCUUGUCUCUGGUUCUGAAGCAGAAGAUGUUGCUUGUAAGUGAGGUUGUCUGAAGCUCAUGCUCUCUUCUGUCUCUCCUGUCUGAAAGCCUUUUACCUCCUUUCCAAUUCUAUGAGAAGCACCUAACACUGGUCCUGGGGUUAGAGUUGCCAUGCAAACUGAAAAAAGGCUGAGGCUGUUCUUUGAGUCCCAUAUGAAUCUCAGCCUGUUUUCCCCAGCUUUCUUCACUUGACCAGGUGAGGUGAGGCUGGCAGCCAGUUUUCAAGAAUCAGUGAUGCUUAAAAGCAAAGCUAUUUUUGAUGGAAGCCCCUGCCUCAGUCAGAAGGCAGAACAUGUAGUGAGAAACUUUCUGGCUGACUCAAGGGGAGAAAGAGUAUCCUGCAACUCCCAGUUAUUAAAGCCCACUUGGGCUUUUCUGUUUGUACUUGCUUUUCUGCAACCUCUUCUCCUAAAGCUUGGACACUCAGGCCAACCUGGUGAUGCCAGGCUGAAAACGAGUUAGAGUUGUGGCAUAAUUUAUACACACAUACCUACAUACCUAUGCUCUUGCUCACACCCUUCUCUCUGUUGUACAUUUCUGACCUCUGCUUUUAGUGAUCCAUUGCCAACCUGCAGAGUGUGUGGCUGCAGUAGGAGUUUCGCUGAGUUGAAUGUUGCAUUUCUGUGAUAUUUCAAUACCUUUAAUUUGCCAUCUCCAAAAGCAGGCCUCUGGGAACACUCUAGCAAGAGUCGUAUUCAAGGAACUAGAACCCUGUGUGGUACUUCACCUUGCAUUUAUUUAUUGUCACAUGGUGGAAGGGAAAAAGCUUUGUGGCCUUUGCCUGUGCGGCCCCUCCUGCUGCUGUCCUUUCCAAAGCUGUGAACUGUUCUAGUGGAGAACGUGCAGUGCAGCUGUUUAGUCAAAAGGUCUUAAUUUUGGCCUGUAAAAAUUGCUAGUAACCCAGGGAGAGCCUCACGUACUUGAAUACAGCUGGAUGCUCCUUUCCAAGGCACCAGGGUGUUGCCACACAAUUAUUCUGUUGUAUCAAAUAUAUUCCCUGGCCACCAUCUGUGGUUAAUUUCCCUACCAAUUCCCUGCCAGUAGUCCACAUUGGGCUAGAAAAAUCUAUGCUAACAAGUGUCAUCUGAGCUUUUAGAUCAAAGCUGUUUAUUACUAUUUUUAUAAUAGAGUAGCAACUGAAGCCAUUUUUUGGAACAGAAUUUCCUCAUCAGGGCAUGAACGCUCAUAACAUCUUACCCCAGUAAUUCAUGAGGCAUCUUUCAGCUGGGAACUCUCAAUAAGAAUCACAAAAAUAAGAGCAUGAUGAUUUACUGUAAAAACUUAAAGACAUGCUGUGGCAGCGAUUCUAUGGUCCCUUAAAAAGGUUCUUCUCUUAACAGGCAGCUUGGGCUAGAGUAGUUGUUAGGAUUCCUUAACUUUCUCCACUUCAUUUUACUUACUUAGUACUGGGACUUGUGCAAUAAUACAUAGGGUAUGAUACCUAGAAGUGGAUGCGAUGUGACCGGAAUAGGAAAGCUCUGGUAAGUGCACAACCUCCAAAGGGCUGAAAUGGGAUUCUAAUGAGGAUUUGCAGGUGUUUUAACUCCUCCCCUGUGUCUGGGUAAUGUCCUGAUAUUAGCCUGGAUUGCCUGUUGGUCCAACCUCAGUUGUCAGCAGCUCACACAGCUUAGUCCUUAGGCUGAUGGUUGGAAACCAUCUCUCAAAAAUGGGGGAUGUGUGCAGGAGUCUCUUCAGGCCAAUCUGGGUGCAGAACAUGGGGUCACCUUGCUUGGGGAAGUGUGAGCCACAGGCCAUUGUGUGGGCUUUAUUUGGGAAAUGGGAUUUCUGCACAACCUCAGCACUGAUCUAUGAUGGGUCUCAGAAAAUGCAGUAUCAAAUGAGUAAAUUUAAAAUGGAUUUUUUUUUUUUUUAUGGAUUUGUCAGUUGCAAAAUACACACAAACUUGGCAUUGGGUGAAUGUGACUUUUCUAAUUUCCAUUCUCCAAGGCCCUCCCGAACAUAUUGCGUGUAAAAUCGCUUUUACCAUUUAAAUUACAACUCUAAGGAAAAUCUAGAUAGUAAUUUAUACUGGUAACACUUACAGUAACUUAUGACAAACUAAUUCAGAUUCUGAGAAAACUUUUGUCUUUUAUUCUAUAUCAAUGGCCUGGGUGUGAAUAUCCUUGAGCUAAUGAGAAUCCUGUCUGUGUCUAGAUCCUAAAUUUGUGCCUCAAACCAUUUCCUUUGCUCAUGGAAAUAGUCCAUUUUUAUCUCCUUGGAAUGUUUGCUUUGGAGACCACAAAUGUGCUUUCCUUCUGCUUCAUCAAUCUGGGAAGAGAGGAAGGUUUUACCUGCAGUGACAAAAUGCUCAUAUAGCUUCAAAAGCACAGAAAUUAUUUUAGAACUAUUUCUGUUCAUGGUACUAAUGCCUUGAAGUGCAUGUUUUUAUUUUUGUCCUCCAUAAGAAAGAGGAAAACUAUCCUGAGUUGUAUUUAGGAUGAGAUACACACUUAGAUAUUUUUUUUUUUAAUGUUUUGGGUUUGGUUUUUUUUUUUUUUUGAAACGACAAAAUUCCACUCAGUAAUUUAUGAAGAUAACAACUGCACAGAAGACAGAACUUUGAUGCUCUCCUGACCUAGAAGGGAGCUGCAAUCUCUCAGAAAACUUAACAUUUGUUUCUGAGAGGUUAGUAUAGAAUUUACUUAAUACAUUGCAAGUACGGCUUAUUUCAGUGCAGGCACAUAAUGGAUACUGUCUUUCCUUUCUGUUGUUGGGAAGAGUAUUUUACAUAGCAAUGUUUUCUUUUUAGUUUCUUUUGUCCGUGCCAAAGAGUGUAACUGAACUGCUAUUGCAAACAUAGAUUAAUGCGAAUGUAUUCACCUGAGCGCUUAAACUUCUCUACCUCUCAUUGCUACUGUAACUGCUUGAACUGUUAUUGCACACUACAGUGAAAAGAACUGAAUCCAUGUGAGACUUUAAAUCCUAUUUCCAUAGAUAGCUGAAGGAUUUAGGAUUUAAUGCUUAUUAGCUUCCUGUCAGAUCCUCAUUCCUAAAAAAUGGGCACAGGCACCCAAGAGAGGCUGUGUGAAUAGCCCUUGGCACUGGUCAAAUAAAGAUUUUAUUUUGGUUUGGGAGUUUUUAAUUUAUUUUUUUUCUCACCAAAAUAAAAAGCCAUCAACUGUGAUUUGUUAGACAUGAAAGGUUAUCCUGGAUCCCUCUCAAAUCCUCCUGUUGGAGCUCUUCUACUUGGCUCGAAAUUCCUAAACAACAAUGUUUUAGCCUUGUGGUUCUGGUGCUUAUCAAGGAGAUAAGGUACUUGGCAGCAAGAGCUGCUCACUGAAAUAGCUUGAAUUGUUUGUAUAUGGUGGAAACCCAACGUGAGAAGUUUUUGUUCCCCCUUUCCACUUGACUGUUGUAAAGGGAGGGUUGGGACAACCUUCCAGGAGGUGAGAAUGAUGACCCAUAAUUACUGCUGACAUCUUGGGUGAUUUCUCAGGCAAGUGAGUAAACAGUCCUGUGACAUAAGUACUCUUCAUCUCCUCCUUAUCUUCCCCUUGUUUCCCCCAGAUUUGAGCAAGUUUGACUCCAGUCUGUAUACAGGUUCUGAAGGGUAUUUAUGAAUGUGAGAAAAAUUGCAGUCUCUGUGGCGAACUUUUGUCCAAAAAUAAGAAAAACAGUCACAGAUUUUCCCUGGUUUUAUUCAGGCUCUCUGGGGAGUGACAUUAAACACUUCCCUUUAUAUAAACCAGUCCUGAUUUGGGACUGGGUUAUUCUGGGUGGUCUCCAAGGUUGGUGCCAGCAGUCUCUCAAGGAACCUGGUGGAGUGAGAUGAGUACUAUGUUAAACUGUAGAUUUUAAGUCAAGGAAAUGUUUGAAAACUGUCUGUCAUGGUAUCUCACAUAACACAGUCCAGAACUCUUCACACUAUACCUCUUGCAGCAGAGGGAAUUAUUUUUCCAUGUUAACACUGUGAAGUGCAAUAAUUUGUGUCUGAAAUACAGCACAUCUUCCUGCAACACAUUGGAUUUAGAUUGCAUCAGUUAGCUGCUUUCUGAGUUGUUGCAGCAGUUUUAACCAUCAUUUUUAAAACAGUGUCCAGCAUUUGACUUCACAAGGUUCUGGCAGUCUUCUUACUAAACCAUCUUCUUAUUAAACAGUCUUUUAGAGUAGUGAGUAGUCCCUUUGCUAAAUGAUGCUGAGAAGCUCUGUACAGAAUCCUUCCAUGGGAAGGACAAAUGCAUUGGAGCCCACAGCUGGUGCAGACUGGUGGUAUCAGAACAAUUCUGGUCAAAUAUUCUCUGAUUAAAACAGCCCAAGCUACACAACUGAGAAAUCAAUAUAUUGUGAUCUGAAGUACACUCCUGAGAGGUUUUUGAAGGUUAUAAACAAUCAUAACAAAACAACAACAAAAAAGCCCAGCAGUUCCACUGACAUCUCCUCCCCCUGGAUUCUUUAAUAUUCAAAAACAUUCCUGCAAACUGCACAGAGGGUUUUUUGCUAUCAAGCUGAUUUGUCCUUAUUUCUCACAUCUCUUCCUACUAGGGACAAGGACAACUGAGGCAUGCAGGACAGUAGCAUCAAUCCAAACAGCAGUAGGCAGUGAGGAGAACCACUGGUGCGUUUCCUGUGAGGGGUUUUGGCUUUCAGGCUGUGACAUGAGGGAUCUGAGUGGCAGUGCCUGUGCUGGCAGCACUGACACCCGUUUCAGCCUUUGCUUGGCCUGCUCAGCCCCCACCUGCUCGUGUGGCUUCACAAACUGCAGAGCAUCAUCCCCUUGAGGCAUGUGCUAACCUACAGUUAGCUUCUGGAGAGAGCCACCUCAUUUGGAGGGGCUUUUUUGGAAAGCUCCUCUUUCCACGUGGGCAGAUUUAGACACGCUACAAUUGGCCCUUUGCCUUAUGUAGCUCGUGACUUGUGUGGGGAAGGAAACACUGUUCCCAAAUCUCUGUAGACUUUCUAUUUUUGAAAAUAGCUCAUUAACACCCAUAGUUUUAAAAGGUUCAGGGUUUUUGUGUGGUACCACCUGCAAAGAUCUGAAACAUUUUUCCUGCUUAUGAGUCAGCAGAGCCUGAAAGCAUUUCAGCCUCUCUGAAAUGUACUGUCUCAUCUUUUAGCCAUGUGGGAAAAAGCCUUCUAAGAGUCUAGAUUAGCUAUUUUGUUAUGCUGCUAAAGAGGUCCCUGAAUAAUGGGCAUUUGGGGAGAAAACUGAACGCUUUUUCAUAAUUUGUUUAACCACUGAAAGCAGCAGAGGGGCAGAUCCCUUGAUGGUGUAUAUAGAUUAGCCUGUGAGCAGCUGUGCCAGUCCACACAAACUGAGGGUAGAGCCUUGCCUGUUUUGAAUAUUAUCUCUCUUGAUUUGUAUGGUCUUUUGCAGCAUAAUGACUGCUGAUUUGGAGCUUUGAUUGCAUGUAUUUGAUAAAUCCACGAAGGGAGUGAGGUUUAUUAUUAUUAUUGUUUUGAUACAGCUUCAAAAGGGAAAUUUUUACCAGCAUUUUAAUACAGCCCUUUGUAGACACUUAGCUGAGUCCAGUCCUUCUGCUAGUGGAGUCACUGACAGUUUCCUUUGGCUUUAGUAGGAGCUGGACUGGGUUCAGUGUAAGUGACACUCUAGCAUUACCGAUAAUGAGAUGAUUUGUUUUAUAUAUUGACGCUUUUUGCUGGACAGUGCAUUGGCUUUUUAUGAUUUGGUGAUAUAUAAAAAUAAAUUAUUUGAAAAUUCAA